CUUCAUUUCAUCUUGGUCUGUUUUCUCUGCCGGAAAUGGCUGCUGCGACUCCCAAAGGAGACUCCGGCGAAGAUUCCUCCACGGCGAAUUUAUCAUUGAAUUUCGGGACUCCGGAGGCAUUGGAGCACGUGCGCAAGCUCACUGAUGUGGGAGCCAUGACUCGUCUUCUCCAUGAGUGCAUCGCCUACCAACGGGCCAUAGAUCUCGAACUGGAGACCGUUCUUUCCCAGCGCUCCGAUCUCGACAAGCAGCUUUCCGGCUUGCAAAAAUCCGCUCAAGUUCUCGACAUUGUCAAGGCGGAUUCCGAUCACCUCCUCUCCAACGUUGGCUCUACUUCCCUCCUUGCCGAUCAGGUCAGUGCCAAGGUCCGCCAGCUCGAUCUCGCCCAAUCUCGCGUCAAUGAUACCCUCCUUCGCAUCGACGCCAUUGUCCACCGCUCCAACUGCCUCGACGGUGUCCAAAAAGCCCUCGAUUCUGAGGAUUUUGAAUCCGCUGCCAACUAUAUCCAGUCCUUCCUCCAGAUCGACGCCAAGUACAGGGACUCCUCCGGUUCUGAACAGAGAGAGCAACUCCUCGCCUCCAAGAAGCAACUCGAAGCCAUUGUCCGCCGGAGACUGGCUGCUGCGGUUGAUCAGCGGGACCACCCCACUGUUCUACGAUUCAUCCGUCUCUACUCACCGCUGGGACUGGAGGAGGAAGGCCUGCAGGUGUACGUGGGCUAUCUGAAAAAGGUUAUUGCAAUGAGAUCUCGACUCGAAUUUGAGCAAUUAGUGGACAGUAUGAGCGACCUCAACCAGCAAGCGCAACCCCCGAAUCAAAAUCCGCUUAAUUUUGUGGCUUCUUUGACAAAUCUUUUCAAAGACAUUGUAUUGGCUAUAGAAGAAAAUGAUGAAAUUUUGAGGAGCUUAUGCGGAGAGGAUGCCAUUGUUUAUGCCAUUUGCGAGCUCCAAGAAGAGUGCGACUCUCGGGGUUCCAUGAUUUUGAAGAAGUACAUGGAAUAUAGAAAAUUAGCCAUAUUGACUUCAGAGAUUAAUUCUUACAAGAGCAAUCUGCUUUCAGUGGGAGUUGAAGGGCCAGACCCUAGGGAGAUAGAAAUAUAUUUGGAGGAGAUAUUGUCUUUGGCUCAGUUGGGUGAGGAUUACACAGAGUACAUGGUUUCAAAGAUUAGUGGUUUGAGUUCUGUUGAUCCUGAACUAGGUCCUCGAGCCACCAAAGCUUUUAGGAGUGGUACUUUCAGUAAAAUUGUUCAGGACAUCACUGGUUAUUAUGUUAUAUUGGAGGGGUACUUCAUGGUUGAAAAUGUUAGGAAAGCUAUAAAGAUAGAUGAGCAUGUGCUUGAUUCUCUCACGACUUCCAUGGUGGACGAUGUAUUCUAUGUUCUUCAGAGUUGUUGUCAAAGAUCUAUAUCUACUUCAAAUAUCAAUUCUGUGAUUGCUGUUUUAAGCAGCGCGGUGAGUUUGUUGGGUGGCGAGUACAGUGAGGCUUUGCAGCAGAAGACUAGGGAGCCUAAUCUUGGUGCAAAGUUGUUCUUGGGUGGAGUUGGUGUGCAAAAGACUGGUACAGAGAUUGCCACAGCUUUGAACAACAUGGAUGUGAGUAGUGAGUAUGUGCUAAAACUACGCCAUGAGAUUGAAGAGCAAUGCACAGAGGCAUUUCCUGCUCCUGCCCAUAGAGAGAGAGUUAAAUCUUGCGUAUCUGAAUUGAAUGAAAUGAGCAAUAGUUUCAAGAAAGCCUUGAAUGUUGGAAUGGAACAACUUGUGAGUACAGUGACACCUCGAAUUCGACCAGUGUUAGAUAAUGUGGCAACCAUCAGCUAUGAAAUCUCUGAGGCAGAAUAUGCUGAUAAUGAGGUGAAUGACCCAUGGGUUCAAAGGCUUCUUCAUGCUGUAGAGAGCAAUGUAGCCUGGCUCCAGCCGUUAAUGACUGCCAAUAAUUAUGAUACAUUCAUACAUUUGGUCAUUGACUUUAUUGUUAAAAGGCUGGAAGUGAUAAUGUUGCAAAAGAGAUUCAGUCAACUUGGAGGCCUGCAACUUGACAGAGAUGUUCGGGCACUGGUCAGUCAUUUCUCUGGCAUGACCCAGAGGACUGUUAGGGACAAAUUCGCUCGACUUACCCAGAUGGCGACUAUACUGAAUUUAGAGAAGGUCUCAGAGAUUCUGGAUUUCUGGGGUGAAAACUCAGGACCCAUGACAUGGAGACUAACUCCAGCUGAAGUCAGAAGAGUGUUGGGACUAAGGGUUGACUUUAAGCCUGAAGCAAUUGCUGCUCUCAAAUUAUAAUAGCUCCUUUGCUAUGGCUUCUUCAUUCAUUCCCUCUCACUUCUUUUAUCACUCUAGUU